AUGUCUCAGGCAUAUCAAGCCUACGAACACGCCGAUACAACCCACAACGCCAGCGGCGCAGUGGCUGGCGGCUCUUCAACCGGCGCCCCAGGCCUCCCAACAGGCCUGCGCGAUCCACGAUCCGAGUACAACGCAACCAAAGGCUACAAUCCGGCCACAGGAGCCAGUUAUUCCAAAUCAUCAGCGGGCGGACCAACCCAGACCCACCAGCGACCGCUCUCGCCGUCACCGUCUCGCAGCGAGGACCGGAUUGUGGGGGAUGCGCCGCUCCCGCACACGGCUAGUACGGCGCAGCGGGCAGAUAUGCAGGAUCGUUCGGGUCGUGGGUCUAAGGCUGCACGGGUUGGUGGGGGGUUCGGGAACAAAGUCAAGGGCGCUGCGGCGUCAGUUCAUGGUGCUGGAGAGUCAUUGCGUGGGGCACUGACUACAGCUGUUGAUCGGGCUUUUGGGUCUAAUGAGGGUGCUGAGAGGAAUGAGGAGAUUGCGAAUAAGGGCGCAGAGGAGAUUCGGUCUGGUCGGUUUACGGAGAAUAAAUAA